AUGUUAUCUUGCAUAUACAGUGACUCAUCACGCAAAGGCGGCAGCUUUGAUACAGUAGCAAUACCCCAGGGAGCUGUGUGUGAGGAAGGGACCAUGCUGAUGGGCAGAGGUGUCAAAAGUAAAAGUAAAAGUAAAUUCAUGGUAUGUACCUGUCGUUCCACGGUUUCGGAACGCAUCUCUGCCUGCCUCACCGAUUUGUCAACAUGGAUGAAGGACCACCACCUACAGCUGAACCUGGCCAAGACAGAGCUCCUGGUGAUCCCAGCUAAAGAGUCGCUCAGUCACAACAUCAACCUCAAGAUAGGCUCCACCAUCGUGACCCCAAACAAAGUCGCCAAAAACCUUGGCGUCAUGAUUGAUGACGAGCUGUCUUGCUCCAACUACAUCGACUCAGUCACCCGGACCUGUCGAUUCCAGAUGUCCAACGUACGGAAUAUCAGACCUGUGCUGACACAAUAUUCUACACAACGACUGGUGCAGGCCACUGUCCUGUCCCGCGUUGACUACUGCAACUCACUCAUGACAGGCCUACCUGCUUGUGCGCUAAAACCUCUGCAGAUGAUCCAGAAUGCGGCGGCACGGUUGAUAUUCAAUCAACCCAAAAGGACCCAUGUUACUCCUCUAUUUAUUGAGUUGCACUGGUUACCGAUCGCCGCCCGGAUCAAGCACAAGGCAUUGACCCUUGCCUACAAAACCAUCACAGGAACGGCCCCAGCUUAUCUGAAGGACCUACUAACGCCCUAUGUUACUGGAAGAGAACUGCGCUCAUCCAGCACAAGCCGUCUGGCUCUGCCAUCCAGUCGCUCUAGGUACUCCCAGUCAAGAUUGUUCUCCGUUGUGGUACCCAAGUGGUGGAACGGUCUCCCAGAGGCAGCAAGACUAAGCACAUCUCUUGCAGCCUUCAAGAAACAACUGAAGACCUUCCUCUUUCGAGAGAAUCUACUAGACUAAUGCUUGAACUGGCCUUGCCCCAGGGCAGACUCCUGACAUGAUGUUUAGUUUAGUUUAGUUUGUGUGUGUGUACUCGUUAUUUACUCU